AUGACCGCAUCUGCCCUUCCUCUUGUUCACAAACUCUCCACUGAGCAUGACCACGUCUUGAAGACUUUUCGUCUACUCAUCUCCGAUCUUUGCCAGCAAUACAAUGGUGGUCAUCCUGGCGGUGCCAUCGGGAUGGCCGCCAUCGGUGUCUCCCUCUGGAAAUACGUGAUGAGCUAUGCCCCCCUCUCCCCGGAUUUUUUCAAUCGCGAUCGCUUCGUUCUGUCCAACGGCCAUACGUGUUUGUUCCAAUACACCUUCCUCCAUCUGUCGGGAUACAGGGCCAUGACCUUGGAACAGCUCAAGUCAUACCACUCGGACCGUGUGGAUGCGCUCUGCCCGGGGCAUCCCGAGAUCGAGCAUGAGGGUAUUGAAGUUACGACGGGCCCCCUGGGGCAGGGCGUGGCGAACGCGGUUGGUUUGGCUAUGGCCACGAAGAAUCUGGCAGCAACCUUCAACAAGCCUGGCUUCGACGUUAUUACCUGUGACGGCUCGGUGGAUCUUACCAACACCGAGGACAUCAAUGCGAAAAUGCGCGCCUGUAACUGGGACGUCAUUGAUGUCGAGGACGGCUGCUUCGAUAUUGAGGGCAUCGUCGCUGUGCUGGAGAAGGCUCGCGCGUCUACCGACAAGCCUACCUUCAUCAACUGCCACACGGUCAUUGGUCUUGGAAGCAAAGUUGCUGGUCAAGCUGCCGCCCACGGGGCUGCUUUUGGUGCGGCUGAUGUUGCAGCUCAGAAGAUCGCCUAUGGGUUCAACGCCGAAGAACACUUCAUCAUUAGUGAUCGUGUGCGUGCAUUUUUUGCCGACUUACCCGCUCGUGGUGAGGCCUUGGUGCGGGAAUGGAACCAGCUGGUGGACACAUAUUGUGACAACUAUCCUGAGUUGGGGACUGAAUUCCGGAGCCGCAUGCGUGGUGAGCUUCCUGGGAACUGGAAAGAUCUGAUCCCGGCCAGUUUCCCAGAAACUCCCACAGCCACUCGUGCCUCGUCCGGCCUUGUCUUUACCCCCAUCGCCGAAAAAUGCAGGUCGUUCAUGGUUGGCACUGCAGACCUAUCUCCGUCUGUGAAUAUGGCCUGGCCUAGAAAGGUCGAUUUCCAACCCCCUGGCCUCCGCACUGCUUGCGGCAUCAAUGGCGAAUACCGCGGUCGAUAUAUCCAUUACGGUGUGCGCGAGCACGCCAUGGCAGCCAUCUCCAACGGGAUGGCCGCGUAUGCCCCCAACGCCUUGAUCCCGGUCACCUCCUCUUUCUUCAUGUUUUAUCUGUAUGCCGCUCCCGCUGUCCGCAUGGGCGCACUCCAGCACCUCCAGGUCAUUCACGCCGCCACCCAUGAUUCCAUCGGGAUGGGGGAGGACGGGCCCACCCACCAGCCCAUCGAAUUGGCCAGCCUGUUUCGCGCCAUGCCGAAUAUCCUUUACAUCCGUCCGGGUGACAGCGAGGAAACCGCCGGGGCCUGGAUUGCGGCGAUUCAAGCCAAGCGUACUCCGUCCAUCAUCUCGACCUCCCGCCACAAGGUUCCCCGAAUGAAGGGACUGACUCGUCGUGACGGUGUUGCCCUGGGAGCCUACGUACUCGAGGAAGAUACCAAUGCGGAUGUCACCCUGAUCGGCGUGGGCGCCGAGCUCAGCUUCGCGCUAGAAGUCGCUGAUAGACUGAAGGAGCAGAAUAUCGCGAGCAGAGUGGUGUCGUUCCCCUGCCAGCGCCUGUUUGAGGAGCAGUCCCUCGAGUACAAGCGUGCAACGCUACAGCGCCAUCGCAUUCCCGCCGUGGUCAUCGAGCCGUACGCGCCUAACGGAUGGGAACGUUACGCGGACGCGGGCAUCUGUCUGAAACGCUUCGGUCACUCGUUACCUGGUAAAGCGGCCUACGAGUUCUUUGGGUAUGACAUUCCGGUUAUGGCGGUCAAGGUACAGAGAUAUCUAUCCAAGCUGAAGGAGGAUGGUCUUCUACGUCAUGAGUUCGUGGACUUGUAA